CAGCUAGUGCUAGUAUUAGUGCCUGCAAGAAAUUUGCUUGUACUUGAAAUAAGUUUUGAGUAUUUGCUGGUGAACAAUGAAACGUUGUCUCUCUAUGUAGAUAACACUUUGACGCUAGCAAAGACUGACAGUAUGGCUUGUUUAGUGCCAGAUUUCCCAGCUGUGCUUCUCACCUUGGAGCACUUGAGUGAUCUAGAAAAACAACUGAAAGACGAAGACAUCCCGUUCAGCGAAGAAGCUUCUCACCACCUGAGAGAGAUAUCCUCUGCAAUUAAAGAACUGGAAGCAUCUCGACAGGCAGCCCACGAACAGCUGGAAGUUCAAACUAUUGAAAAUGGCAAGAUGCGCCAUCAUGCUUAUCGGGUUCGCGAUGCAAUAACCAAAGAGAUGCGAGAGGGCGUCGCGGCAGCAAGGGACGUGAAUGUAACCCAGUUGAACAAACUGCAGAGUGACCUGGCACGGCUUGUGGAGGAGAUCGCCUCAGUGCAAACAGAACAAAUAACUCUCGGAGAGAGAAACGCGGAGCUUUAUAAAUUGAGGGAGCCCAUGAAAAAACAGCACGGCGAUGGCAUCAGACAGCUAAACUGCGUACUUUCUGGAAAGGCCCGCCACCAGAUCCUGCUGAACAAGAAACUGAACGAGAUUGAGAACUUAAAGGAUGAAAUAGGUGGCGUGGAAGACGUCAGAGAAGAGCUACGUAUGGACAUGGCCCAGGAGAGGCAGAAGUUUAAGGAGGCCAAAGGAGCUGUGGAAGCACAGAUUCAGGAGCAAAUGAACCGCAAUGAGGAACAGAAAAAUGCCAACCAUCAGACUCGAAGGGAACUGAACUCUCUCGUCUCUGAGCGCUAUCAGACGGAAGACAGGGAGGUGGGACUCAGGAAGUCAAUAAAUCAGAUUCAAACGUCCAAAAACAAGUUAACUGCUGCAAGGAAGACUUUAAAAGAGAAACUGGCAAUGGAACGAAAGAGGGUGGAGGAGUACAAAAAAGAGAGAGCGUCACAUGAAAAGCAGCUUGCAGAGGUGAAAGAGACUUUCAGAAAGAAACAGCAAUCCCUCCAGCAAAACAUUACAGAGUCGGAAAAUUAUAUCAAGAGGUGUAAUGACAUGUCUGAGAUUCAAGCUGCAAAAAUAGACGGCCUCAUGAAGUAUUUCAACAUCCGGAGGAAAGUGGAGGACAACGUCAUGGCUGAACACACCGCAAUAGCUAAGCGUAUGCAGUGGUCCAAGUCGCAGUUGGAGGAGCGCAUCACGGCCACUGCCAAGUACAAGACGGAGGUCAGGGAGAUGGAGCAGGCCAUUACCAUGCUGGAGGACUCAAGCGGGGUGAACAGCGAGCUCCUAGCGAGGGGCCUUGAAAACACGGAACAGCAACUGACGAGAGAGAAGAACAACAGGGUAGAGCACGAGGAGGAGAUUGUGAGUCUGGAGAAGGCCCUGGAGGAGCUCAAGGUGAGCCACAAGGAGCGCAUGAGGCAGAUUGGACAGGACACCGUGCAGACCGAGCAGCGCAGCGCCCAGCUACGACAGGAGGAGAAGAAGCUUCAAUCCCACGUGUACCUGACCUCGAUCAUCGACCGGCUGAAGCAGAUGAUUGCUAACACCAAGCAAGCCACCAAAGACAUGGAGGUCUCAUUCAACGAGGAGCUACAGGGAAUUGAGGAGGAGACGGCGGUGGUGUCCCAGCAGCAUGCGGAGCUUCAGGAGCUUCUGGAGGCGGAGCUAGCCGUGCUGUCCAGCGUGGAGGGCGAGUUCGACUUCGAUCAGUCCCGACACGUCAACCUCACUAAGGAGACCGCAGACCUGAAAUAUGAGAAGAUGGAGCUGGAGGUGUCUGUACAGAGCACCGUGGAUGAAACUGCUUGGAUGCUCAGACCAAAGGAGGAGAUUAAGGUGGAGCUGGUGGAUAUGAGGAGGAAGCACAUGGAUCUGCUGAGGUCCAACGUGGAGAAGAUCGCCAAGACGGAGAGGGCCAUCUACAACAACGCCGUCAUGCUGGAGAAGGUCAACCAGGAGAACCACCACUUCCGCACAUGCAUUGCGCAGAUGAAGGAGGAUGUUGCCCAUGCCCAGCAUGACAAAGUUCGUCACGCUCAGGAGGCUGAGAGGCUGCAAGAGCAGGACCACGCUCUGUUCCAAGGCCUACUUGACGCUUGGGUGAAUGACCUCGACGUGGUGAAGGAGUACAAUGAUAAGGAUCGUCAAAUCUACCAAGGUCUUCAGAAUCUCGUCUUGAAGAUCGAGAGCAGGCAGAACAAUCUUGGAGGCAUCUCGAAUAACAUUAGGAAGGAGACUGAGGGUUUGACAGCCCUCUUGUCUUCUCCAAAGAUACAGUGAUCGUCAGUGAACAGCUGGCCUUUAGGUAGUACGUGUACAUUAUUAUGAGUAUUACGCCUCUGCUCUGCUUCCUUUGCCUUUUGAGACGUACUUUGAAGCGGCGAUGUUGGACUCUGUAGCAGAUUCUACAACCCUUCAUCUCCAGAUGGAUGAAAACAGAGAAUAUUACACCUCUAUUAAAAGUAUUUUUUUUAAAUCAAUUUGUUAACAGGCAAACACAGAGUACUCCUAUUGUUUAGAAUAAAAAAAGAAAGCUGUUGCAAUAUGGA